AAAUUGCCAGCUGGGGGGGCCGUGGCCCCCCGGCCCCCCCUGCCAGCACGCCACUGUCUUGAACAGCUGACCGUGAUCACUGGUAUAAGCACACAAGGUCGUGCCGAUUCCUGUUGUAAUCAGUUUGUCAAAACGGUACAUUAUUUCAUACAGCAUGGAUGGCGUGGUAUUUCAAGCAUACAAAGAGCAAAAUCAAAUUAAGGUUAUUAAAGGAAGCAAUUAUAAUUAACAUGUGUUUUUCUAAUUAAAAUGUAAUACCGCCUGACGUUUUGCUAUACUCGACUCUCUUGACUGGCUAAUAUAUAGACUAUAUAUUAUUUUGUUUGCCUUUACAUUAAUUAGUUCAUCCCCAUAUGUCAACGCCGAAGAUUACAUAAAUUUGUUGUUCUUCAAUUACUUUGCGAAUGGUAUUAAAUAUAAUCUGUGCCAGGCUGUCAACAACAGAGAUGGUAUACCAUAUAAUGGGGGGCUGAGAAGACAUCGCACCUAUCUGUAAAUUAAACAGCUAAUUAUGCAUGUUUGCAUGCGCAUUUCUAGGUUUUCAGUGGUAAUACAAACAAAUUUUUAAUGGUACAUCACGAUUUCUCUUCACCAAUCCUUGCUCGAUACAUUCGCAUCCAACCAAAGACUUGGAACGGACACAUUUCUUUGAGAAUGGAACUUUUUGGAUGCUAUAAAGGUAAUAUACCUCUUCAUGAUUAUUUGCGCUUUAGUAUAUACAGCACAUGCAUACUCUUCAAGUGUGUUCUUCUUUUCCUGAACUUAUGGGUUGGGCCUGCAUGUAACUCGAGCUUUUGCAUCAUUCUCCUUAAGUCAAAAUGUCAGAUCUCUUCGAUAAUCUUCUUAAUCCAUCACUCCUCUCUUGUCUUCCUCUUCACCAAUUUCCAUCAUUUCUUGAACGGUUCUUAGCUAAUUUUCUACCAUCCAUUCUAAUAAAAUGUGAUAUAUGUAUAUAUAUAUAUAUAUCUUUGAAUAGAUUGUGCUAAUGAUACAAAGGACCUGGGAAUGCGUAGUGGUAACAUCCAGGUCUCACAAAUCACAACUUCGUCGCAAUGGGAUUCCAACCAUGGCCCGAACAACGCUAGAUUGUUCUUUACAGCACGAAAUGGAAGAACAGGAGCUUGGUCUACAAGACCAAAUAAUCUUAACCAAUGGUUACAGGUCGAUUUCAAAGGACAAACUGUUGUGGUUGGUAUCAGUACUCAGGGAAGAUGCUGGUUCACAGUGGGUCACAACCUACAUGUUGUAUUACAGCAUCAACGGGGUAUCAUUUUUCCCUUACAAAAAUGUUGGCCAAGUCAAGGUAGGUACAUUAUUAAAUAUCAUAGCAGAGUGGUGUUGGUAGCACAGUGGAUCUGCGUUCUAUUUAUGCAUUCUUAUUAUCAAUUCGACUUAUUCCUGUGUAAAAGGAUCUUUCCAGUUUGAAUUUACCAACGCCACAGGUUAUACUAUAUAGGGGAAGUGCAUGGGAGUGUCCGAUAAACACAUUAAGAGAUAACCCUUAGCAUUUCUAGGCAUUCUAAAGACAGCGGUUUCGAAAUGAUUAGUUAUUCAGUAUUCAUGUGAUAUCUUUGAAGUAACUAUUAAGUGACAACUUUUAAAAUUGCGUUUUGGAUAAAAGAUUGAGUAUUCUUAUCAUCAGUGAUAUUUAGUAGACAUUAUUUUGAGAGCGCAUGUAGGAUACAAUACUAAUGAUACAGACGGUUUAAUGUUACUUUAGGUAUUCAAUGGUAAUACAGAUAAACAUUCUGUAGUUCACAAUGCUAUUUCACCCGCCAUCGUCGCUCGAUAUAUCAGACUUGAACCAAAGUCAUGGAAUGGACACAUUUCUCUUCGUGUUGAAUUUUAUGGAUGUUGAACAAUAUUCGCAACAGUGAGUGUAAUUAGUAAUAUAAUUUCAUCUUGAUUUUCCCCUAUACUUAGCUAUUUAAAAUUAGGUGGUGUUCUCGAAUAUUUAUAUGUUUUCCUCACAAUUAUGAAGCUGAAUAUAAAGUGUUUCUUUGUCUUAAAGUACUACGUUCUCAGUCGAAACUCCACAACUUAAAGGGAAACAAUAUGUUUACUGAACACCAGCACUUAGUAGGUUUAGGCAUAUUUCCAUACCAAAUGGCUUGGCGGAUAUUUGCUAGUGGUGAAACGUGUUUGGGUAUAAAAUGACCAAACCAUAGCUGUCUAAAUAGGGAUAGUCACAUUAGACUUGCAACAAGUCUUCGUCGCUCGCUGUUUGCGUUUCGUUCGAGGUCGACUUGUGGCACGUCUAUAGUCACAUGUAGGCGCUGCGUACCUAUUUUUAUAUAUUCAGCCAUAUUAAGGCCGUUUUCCACUGGGCGGAAUUUUCCGCGCGGAGCGGAAUUUCUCUUUGUCAGUUCUAGUUCCACCCGAGAAAUCACAAGACAAAGAAAAAUUCCGCUCCGCGCGCAAAAUUCCGCCUAGUGGAAAACGGCCUUUACAUACAUGGAAAUUUUUAUCCAACUUUAAACAUGAAUUUAUUUUCAUUCAACAGCUUUUUAAGGCGUUUAGAAUACUGGCGCAUAUACAGGGAGAAAACGUAUCCGCAUAAUUUUAUAAUAUUUUCCCCCCACAUUUUUAUAAAAGUCAUUUGCCUUGUUUAUUUUCUAGGAACUUCCACUGGUUAUAUAUAGAAAGGAAAAUAUAUCAAUAGUUUCACUGCAUCUGCAUUGCAGAGUUGCACUGCACCAGUCAAUUUAAUUAUUAUGGAAUUAUUAGACUAGUUCCUAUUCUAGCAAUUAAUACGUAAUUUUUUAUAUUAUUCUAAUACUGUUAUCAGUAUUUAGUUGGGUAAAAUAUAUAAGCUAUGUAACUUCAGGCUUAUUAUGACAAAUUUGUGAUUUACAAAUUUAAUGAUUUUGGGCACAAUAUAUAUUAAACUGCAAAGCCAAGGCAUAUAAAGUUUUCAUUUGUGUAUUAGCCUAGUAUUUUUACUUCUUUUGCAUCCUUUUCUCUCCGUAACUCCAACCUCUUCCACAGUUCCAGUAUGUUUGAAUCAUCCAUCAUAAACAUCCUCAUCAUAUCAGUCGGUCUUCUUCUGGAUCUUUCCCUCUUACUUCAGUUAAUUUUAUAUCGCUCAUUCCAAUCAAGUUGCCAUUCCAUUCUUGCUUUUAACGCUUUAUUCCAAUUGUCGUUUCGGAGUGAUACGUGACAUUCUCAUAUCAGUCCUCUCUAAUAACCUCUUUCCUCAGUGCCCACACUUCAGCUUCAUGCAGCAGCACGCGAAUUUAAAACAUUUAGAACAAUUUUCAAAUAUACGAGCCAUUUAUCAGGCAGAACUAGAGGUUUCGGUUAUAUUGGUAGAAAGUCCA